AUGGCAAAAGGGAAGAAAGGGAAAGGCGGUAAAGCAAAAACAGGCGAUGAGAAGGACAAGGCGCUGUACCAGGCCGAGAUACAGUACUUGCAAGAUCAGCUGCAAAGAUGUCAGCAGAAAUGUAAGCAAGUGGAGGGGCAAAAUGAGGACUUACAGUCCAAAUUCAGUGCACUGGAGAAAGAGAAAGAUGACAUUGCUGAGUAUCUGCAAAAGUCUGCCAUUAAGAAGGAGCAGAAGCUCGACGACGUGUUGAGUCGUCUGGAGAUUCAACAGCACGAUGCACAAAGGGACAGAGAUGCCAUGCAGCUGGAGCAAGAGCAGCUGAGGCAAAAAUUCCAAGACAAGGUAGACAAGCUGCAAGAGGAGAAAGAGGAAUUUGAGAAAAGUAUGGCCAGUCUGGAGGAGUUUCGUAUUCAGAAGGAGCAGCUCAUGUCCAGCAUGGAAGCUCUAAAGAAAGAGCUGGCCGACGAGAAAAGGGAUCACCUUGACGAAAUCCACAAGCUGGAGAUGGAUGCGCUGCUUGAAAGGAAGAAACGGGACCAGAAGCUGGAGAACCAUCUGAGAGCCAUGGAGGAGAGGGUGAAGGACAUGGUGAAUGAGAAGGUUACUGACAUGACCAAGCUGACCCUUAAAGAGAAUGCGGAGGUCAGUGCCAAGUUUAUCCAGCUGACAGAGGAGGCAAAGGUCCUGAUGAAGAACAACUGCGCUCUGCGAGACCGCAACAGUCAACUCAACGUGGACGUGGACAGCCUGGAGAAAAUGCUAGCUGAGCUCUCCCGCAAGGGAGGGAUGCGCAAGGCGGUGAUGGCAAAGCUGGGAGACAAGUGUCAGCAGCUACAGCGGGAGGUGAAGGCCUUCAAGCAAGAGUAUCAGCAGCUAAAGACCAAACAUGAUCAGUGCCUCGUUCUCCUCCAUAAUGACCUGGAGGCACUUAGACAGGACAGGAAGGCACUAAGUAUCGAGUUGAGGAAAAAGACAGAAGAGGCAAGUCAAUGUAGUUCAGAGCUAAAGAAGGUGAAGACACAGUGGAUGAAGUGGUGGAAGAUUCUGUCUUGGAAGAUGCCAUCCGUAUCAAGGCCUGAAGGAAUCGCAGAUUUAGCUCAAUAUUUGGAAGAUGAGGAGGCAAAGGACAUAAAGAAAGCAAGAAUAAAGGCAGCAUUGCAGAUGGAACAAAAAGAGCAAACAGAUGAAGACACAGAAGACGCUGCAAGUGAAGAGGCGGACAUUUGA